AUGGGCACCGAAAUGGAGGCAGCGCCCGUCUUGUCGACUCCGGAUGAUCGCAUCCUGGAGGCCACCGACCCCGUCACGUCGCACGAUACGACUCGAUCGCUGUCGGACGAUGAGUUAUCGAUUACUUAUGAUAUUGAUCGCACGCUGAAGGAAAUUCGCCAGGCUCGGUAUAAGCGCAUCGCUCUCCAAUUCCCCGACGACAUGCUUCCCGAUGCCCCGCGAGUCUUCCAGCUGCUCAGUCGGGGUUUGGACACGCGCGACAACGCCGCUGCAAACGAGGGCAAUGGCACCCAGGCUCAGACCAAUGGGACGGAGACCGGCGAUGCGAACGGUCUAUCCCACGGGGUGUCUCAGCUCAGCGUGGAGGCUAAGGAGCCGUCGCCCCGACUAUACAUUUUGGCGGAUACUUCCUACGGAACCUGCUGUGUCGACGAGGUGGCAGCCGAGCAUGUCGACGCCGACGUGGUCGUGCACUACGGACGAUCGUGCCUGUCUCCAACCGCGAGACUGCCGGUGAUUCAUGUCUUUACGCAUAAGCCUCUGCCACUGGAGCCGGUUGUGCGGGCGUUCAAGGAGACCUACCCCGAUCCGACCACGAAGGUCAUCCUCGCAGCCGACGUCACCUAUACCGACCAUGUUCCUUCGCUGUAUUCCCGGCUGGUAGAGGAGGGCUACACCAACUUGUUCGCCACGGAGUUGCUUCACAACCCGUCAUCCGCCAUCCCCAAUCGCACCGUGCCCGAUUCCGUUCGCGACUCGUCCGAGACCUUGUCGGAGUGGCAGCUUUUCCACAUCUCCGACCCUCCUACCGCGCUCCUCUUGACCCUGGCAUCCCGCGUCGCUUCCAUCUACAUCUAUCCCACGAACGAUCUGGCCAACGAGAAUGUCAAGCCCCUGCCCGCGUCGACGGCCACCACCCUAUCACGGCGUUACGCCAUCCUGACCUCUCUCAGCACGGUGCCGAUCUUCGGUAUCUUGGUCAACACGCUUAGCGUGAAGAACUACCUGCACAUUGUAGAUCACGUGCGGGAGCGGAUCGCAGCGGCCGGCAAGAAGAGUUAUCUGUUUGUGGUGGGCAAGCUGAACGCCGCCAAGGUGGCUAAUUUCAGCGAGAUCGGGGGUUGGGUGGUGAUCGGAUGCUGGGAGAGUUCGCUAGUUGACAGCAAAGAGUUCUGGAAACCGGUGAUCACGCCGUUUGAGUUGGAGAUGACGCUCCAGGGGGAUGCCGAGCGGGUCUGGACUGGAGCCUGGCAGAGUGACUUCCAAAGCGUGCUGGACAAACCCGCUGAGGAUCCCAAUGCCUCGUCCACCGACGCCAACGCGGACAACGACGAGGAUGAGAUGUCGGAAGACGAAUCCGCACCGCCCGAGUUCGACCUGCGGACAGGACGGUAUGUCUCGCACUCGCGUCCCAUGCGGACUUCUGCACCCCGCGUUACCGCCGACGACGCUGUUUCUGCGACCGGCGGACCGUCGGCUGCGCGAGCACUCGCCCGGCGCGCAAAGGGGGAUGUGGCCAUGAUCGGCAACAGUAUCUCGCCAGGGGCGGAAUUCCUACGGUCGCAUCGGACCUGGAAGGGGCUGGGAAGCGAUUUCGAUAUCCAGUAUGAAGAAGACGACGAGACGGAAACCCCGGAUAGUACGCUGGUGGUGGAAGGGCGCAAGGGCAUCGCAAGGGGAUACACGGUGGGCGGAUCAAUAGAGAAGCACUAG